AGAAGGUGAGAUUUAAAGAGAGGAGACAUGUCAAUGAAAAGACAAUCGGUUGUUAUAGCAGUGAAUGUCAUUCAUCAGGUCAAUUCCGAGCAUCGAUUUCACCUUGCAUUUCCAGUUUAGUUUCUCGCAUCGCAUCGCAUCGCAUCGUCCAUCACCAUAAUUCAACGGCUUUUCGAUACAGAUCGACCUUAUAUUGAUCGACAGACUUCGUUUCAUCAGCAUCGAUUUUGAACAAACGACGUCAGGUCUGUGUAGUUGUCGAGCCAACGCCGAACGGGACGAUCGGGAUGUGGCUUAAACAAGCCUUGCUGGCCCUCGGCGUGGCGUCCACUAGCUGUCUCACGCAAACGUCCGGAAAUGGCACUUCUCCGAAUCCAGACCAUCGGGGUCCCCUCUGGGGAGUGAGCUCUCCACCCUUCUACCCCUCUCCAUGGAUGGAUGGUUCUGGAGGCUGGGAGGAAGCAUAUCGCAAGGCACAAAAGUUCGUCAAGCAGUUGACGUUGCUGGAGAAGGUGAAUCUCACCACGGGAGUCGGAUGGCAAGGCGAGGAAUGCGUGGGCAACGUCGGCGCAAUCCCCCGCCUAGGAUUUCGUUCGCUCUGCAUGCAUGAUGCCCCUUUGGGUGUCCGAAAUGUCGACUAUGUAUCGGCUUUCUCUGCUGGCGGCACUGUCGCUGCGUCCUGGGAUCGACAACUCUUUCGACAGCGCGGCUAUAUGAUGGGAAGCGAAUUUCGGGACAAAGGUAUCGACGUGCAACUCGGCCCUGUUGUCGGCCCUCUUGGACGCAUUCCCGCAGGCGGCCGAAAUUGGGAAGGCUUCAGUCCCGAUCCAGUCCUUUCGGGCGUUGCUGUCGCUCAAACGGUCAAAGGGAUUCAGGAUGCCGGGGUGAUUGCCUGCACCAAGCAUUACAUCGUGAACGAGCAGGAGCAUUUCCGCCAAACCCCAGAGGCUGCGGGCUAUGGAUAUAGCAUUAAGGAGAGCUCGAGCUCGAAUCUUGAUGACGUGGCUAUGCAUGAGUUGUAUCUCUGGCCAUUUGCUGAUGCCGUACGAGCUGGAACCGGAGCGAUCAUGUGCUCAUACCAGCAGAUCAACAACAGCUAUGGGUGCCAGAACAGCUACACCAUGAAUUAUUUGUUGAAGGGCGAACUUGGCUUCCAAGGCUUUGUCAUGAGCGAUUGGCAAGCGCAGCAUUCAGGAGUGUCCUCGGCUCUUGCUGGGAUGGAUAUGUCCAUGCCUGGUGAUACGAGCUUCCUGACGGGAGUUUCGUACUGGGGUACCAAUCUCUCAGUCGCUAUUCUCAAUGGAUCCAUCCCUGAAUGGCGUCUUGACGAUAUGGCGACGCGUGUUAUGGCUUCUUGGUACUAUGUCGGUCGCGACAAGACCUCAAUCCCCACCAACUUCAACUCAUGGACUCGCGAUACUUUCGGUUUCCGACAUGAGUACGGUCAGACCGACUAUGGUCUGAUCAAUCAGCAUGUUGAUGUUCGCGACGAGCAUGGUCGAGGUAUUCGAAAACAGGCAGCUCGAUCCACCGUAUUGCUGAAGAACAAAGGUGUCCUUCCUUUAACGGGGAAUGAGAAGUUCACAGCCGUCUUCGGCCAUGACGCCGAUGAUGCGCCGUGGGGUCCGAACGGAUGUCCCGAUCGCGGCUGCAACAAAGGGACAUUGGCUAUGGGAUGGGGAUCCGGAACAGCGGAGUACCCGUACCUAAUCAGCCCAUUGACGGCGAUCCAGGCCAAACUCCUCGAGAACGACAAGAACAUCCAGUUCGUCACCGACAAUUAUGCGUACGGUAAAAUCGCCUUUGCUGCCCGCCAGGCUUCUGUCUGUAUCGCUUUCGUCAAUGCAGAUAGUGGAGAAGGGUAUAUCUCCGUUGAUCGAAAUGAAGGAGACCGCAAGGAUCUCAAACUAUGGGCGGACGGCGAGACGUUGAUCCAAAAAGUCGCUGCAGAUUGCAAUAACACCAUCGUCGUGAUCCACUCAGUUGGCCCUGUUAUCGUCAGCUCUUUCAAGGACAAUCCCAAUGUUACAGCGAUACUUUGGGCCGGCCUUCCUGGACAGCAAUCCGGCAACUCCAUCGUCGACAUCCUCUACGGAGAUGAGAUUCCCGGCGGCAAGCUCCCAUUCACGAUGGGAGCCAAACGUGAAGACUACGGCGUCGACAUCCUUUACGAGCCUAAUAAUGGCGAUGAGGCGCCUCAAGAUGAAUUCAACGAAGGCAUCCUCAUCGACUACCGCUACUUCGACAAGAUGAACAUCGCUCCAGAUUAUGAAUUUGGUUUCGGCCUCACUUACACCACCUUCACUUACUCGAACCUCCAGAUCCAACACCACCGCGUCGACCCCUACAAACCCACUAGAGGCCGGACCAACCCUGCCCCCUCCCUCUCCGGCAACGGGACUAACGGAACCGUCGAUCCUUCCACCGCGCAAUGGCCUGCCAACCUCACCUACGUCCUCGGCUACAUCUACCCAUAUCUUAACUCCACCGACCUCGGCACCGCCGCUGGUGGCGCAGACUACGGCCUCCCCAACGACGAAUACCUCCCACCCCACGCCACCGACGGGUCCUCGCAGCCCAAGAUCCCCGCCGGCGGAGCGCCCGGCGGCAACCCCGCCCUGUACGACGUGCUAUUCACCGUGCGCGCGACAAUCACGAACGAUGGCGAUGUGCCGGCCGAGGAGAUCGCGCAGCUAUACGUGUGUCUCGGGGGUCCACGCGAUGCGGUGCGGGUGCUCCGGGGCUUCGACCGGGUGAGCAUCCAACCGAAGGGGUCCGCUGUGUUUGAAGCGGACUUGACGAGGCGGGAUCUUAGUAACUGGGAUACGGGCAGCCAGAACUGGGUGAUUACGAACUUUACGAAGACGGUGUAUGUGGGGGGGAGUAGUCGGUCGUUGCCUUUGAAGCAGGUGCUACGGUUCUGAGGGGGGCAUAACGGAUGGGAUGAUCAAUGGCUUGCUUUGGCGGAUCGGGUGAUUAACCGAACGGAUGGAUAUGAGCGAUAAUAUUCCCGCUAGCGCCCAGAUACGCUGAUAGGACAUAAUAAUAAUGAGAACA